GUGGCAGCAUCAUUCAGAGAAAAGAAUCACAGCCUUCUGGAUCUUUCCUGAUUAUUAUCCCACUGGUGUUAUGCCUUGUGUAUGUAACUACAUGUCUGCGUGUGCUGUUGAAAUGGCGCUUACACAGGCAUAUAUCUGAAAAGAACCUGGAGCUUUUAGUGAUGCUGAUUUAUAACCAGAUGCUCUAUAAAACAACAAUCUAAAUCGAGGCUCCACUGGUUUCUCUUCUAUGCAGCAGGAAGAUCGUGGUAAUGUGUAUGUUCUGUGAGACGUACAGACAGACUAAAUGUUUCCUGGCUGCUGACAGGGUGCUCGGGAGCCAAAAUGCCAUCCUUGCCUGUCGAUUUGGCCGCGGCUGCUAUUUUCCAUUAAGAAAAUUACUAACACUGCAUGGUGUGGGUGCCUGUGCGAAAGCCGAGGACUGACUGCGUUGCAUUGUUACAUCGAUCUAACCGGAACCUUGGAAACAUGUUCAUAGAGUGGUUCACAGACUGGGACCUGACACUGGACCAAAUGAAUGGCUUGGUUCUGGCGAGCCUACAGGCACUGAGAGAGUGCGACGUAACCGCAGUGACCACAUUUGCCUGCAUCCUGGCACUUUUUGUGUGGUACUGUUACCACGUAGGUAGUGAGCAGCCUCGGAGCUACGCACCAGUGAAUGCCAUGAUGCAGAGCACUGAUGUAAAUGGUUUGCAAAACGGUUACAUGUACUGCCAGUCUGCCGAUUGCGUGAGGUGCACCCAUAAUGAGGGACGCAAUCAGAAACUUUAUCACAAUCUGCAGGAGUAUGCCAAGCACUACUCGUGGUCAGGAAUGGGACGGAUCCAUAAAGGCAUUCGGGAACAGAGCCGGUAUUUGAACAACAGGCCAUCCAUUCAGAAACCGGAAGUUUUCUUCCUGCCUGACUUGCCGACAACUCCUUAUUUUGCACGUGAUGCCCAGAAGCAUGAUGUAGAGCUGCUGGAACGGAACUACCAAGCCAUCCUGGCCGAGUUUGAAAUGAUCUUCAAGGUGUUCUCAAACUGCAGCCUUCCGCAGGGCUGGAAGGUUAACAGCACCCCCAGAGGCGACUGGUUCACCUUCUAUCUGGUUAACCAGGGCAUCUGCAUUCCCAGUAAUUGCAGAAGGUGCCCCCGGACGUACCGGUUGCUAGGCAGUCUUCGCACUUUCAUCAGUAACAAUGUCUUUGGGAAUGCCUGUUUCUCCGUAAUGAGCCCAGAAACACACAUUACUGAACACUAUGGCCCCACAAAUGUUCGGAUCCGCUGCCAUUUAGGUUUAAAGGUUCCCAGCAGCUGUGAAUUGGUGGUAGGUGGGGAGCCGCAAUGCUGGGCAGAAGGGCGCUGUUUGCUGUUUGAUGAUUCCUUCCUACAUACGGCAUCCCAUGGAGGUCCAAGUGAAGAAGGUCCACGGGUUGUCUUCAUGAUUGAUUUGUGGCACCCGAAUGUUGCUGCCACUGAGCGCCAGGCUCUAGACUUCAUCUUUUCUCCAGGCCGCUGACUCCUUUUGAUCGUCUUUUAUUUUUCCUCCAGAGCGGCUGAUCUCGGAAGGAGCGGAACACUGGAAUGAGGGCUCUUGGGUCAUCAGACGUGCCGCCCCUCUUUCAUUCAUCAAAAAGGAAUAAGUGGGCACACUAAGGAAAAUUUAAGCUUUAUUUGCUGAAAAUGCACGCAAUGCCGUGUUAAUGGUUAGGUGGAGAAAAGAGUCCAAGAUUUAUUUAUUUAUCUAUUGCUUCUGAUUUAUUUUUUUAAACAAAAUAUGUCGGGCUCAACUUCCUUUCCUCCCCACUGGUUAGUGGGGUGGCCACUGCUGUCUAUCUGAUUUUUCUCUAGCUACGCUGCAGUCCCUGAGACAAUUUUCUGUAAUGCCUUGAGCUGUAAAAGUUUUUCAUUUGAAGCCAUCUCUCCUGCGAGAGCUAGUCCAGUUGAGACACUGUGAAGGUUUUCUAGGCCGGAUCAUCUGGUAAUCAAAGUUCAUUUUUAGGGAGAGGGGUGGUUUGGGGGGGAAGGAGGAGAAAUGUAGUCGCGUUCCAAGAAUUUUCCAAAGGAACUCCUAGGAUCAGGUGUCCGUGUACAGGUGAGUGGAGCCAAAUCCCAAUUGAGCAUGUUUUUAGAAAAAUGUGUUUCACCUGAAUCAAAAAUUUCUGGAUCAGACCGUGAUUUCCAUAGACUGCUUAUCGACUCGCUUGUGUAUCUCAGCGGUUUUAAUGUAUUUUGCAGUGAAAUCAAAAUCACACUUAAAAUAUAUUCACUUAAAAAGGAAUAGUUUUGCAAAAAAAAGAAAUGAAUGGGGUAAAAGGAAAGUUACACACACAAGCUGCUCUGUUGUCAUCAGGGAAAAUGAGACAAUGGAUUGACCAUGCAGGGCAUGCUAGAUAUAUAGAAAGAGACUAACACUGGAAAGUUAUGCUGUGAUAAUUAGAACUAUUAUUUUUGGAAUGCAAAUUCUAUGUAAAUAAGUAAUACGGUAUAUCUCACUGUCCCAUUUAAUGGCAAUAAAUGGGAAAUUAUUUGAUCCAUUGGAUAUCCAUAUAAUGGGAGCGAAUGAGAAGUUAUCUUUGCUGGAUUUCACUAUAAACAGGUUUACAUUUAUUUUUAAUCUCAUGGAUCAAUACAAUAAAAAAAUUCUCUUACUUGAAUCUAAAGGUAUUUAACUUCGGGUCAUUAUUUUUAAUUCUUUUAUUGAUGUACUUUGAGAUUAAAACUGUGGAAAUAUAUUUUAUUCCUUUUGUGUUUAUCAAAGUGGCAGGAUGAUUAACAGUGCUUGAAGAUUUUUUUCCUUCUUGUGUGCGAUGUCUGAAGCACUUCAAGUUCAGGUGCAGAAUAGUGCUGCGCAGGAUAGGUGUAAGCUCCAUAAUGCUAGAACAAUGUUCAUGAGUCCCACCCAAGAAGAAAAGAAGGGGACCGCCAGUUGCUUCCCUUCACGUCUUUCCCUCAUUCCUCCUUCCAUGUUUUAAAUAACUAGUUCUGGCACUGUAUGCCCUAGUGUUCUCCAAAUAAGAUUGUCCCAUCAAAAUGCUAAGGAAAUUGACCACUGUGCUGAAUCUUUGGCACUUUAGUACAGUGGAUUUGUGUUGACUGAGACAUUCUGAACUGACCUAAACAGCCAACAGAGAAGGAGAGACUACCAUCCUGCAUCAGCUGUGUUCAAACCUAGGUUCCUUGUGUCAUUGUGUACUUGAUUUUAGUGCUACAUUAGUCUAUUCAGAUUGUAAAUGUGAUAUAGUGUUAUUUUUGUUUGUGCCACCAGUGAAUUAGUGUUUUGUGAACUCAAUUCUAAGAGAAGCUAACACAAUACUACAUAAUUCAGACUAACAUCAAUGCUGUUAAUGAUGCAGUGUUAUGCUUGCCUACCACUGAGAGACUCCAUUUGAUGGACUAUAUUUCCAUAGGCACGUUUACCUCUGUUGGCCUGGUAAUUUUGUUUGCACAACCUGGCUAUUGAUUUCCCUCAAAUCUUGAGGUGAAUUACUUCUUUGAUGCACUUUACUAUAUAUGAUAGCUAGCGUGUAUUGCAUGUGUACAUGUGGAGUUGUGCUGGUGCAAGAUUUGGAGAAAUAAACCACACAUUCUAAUCUUA